AACACAAAUUUCUACUCUCCUCCCACAUACCACUCACUCUCCAUCCCAUCGCAUCAUAGCGAACUCUACUAUUCUCUUGAACCUCUAGACCCAAGAGUUUCUUUGCAAUUUCCCUUUAGGUAAGCCCUCUCCCCGCCUCGCCGAGAGCUUCCCCCCUCAUAUCCCACACAAUCGCUCGACCCCUCCUCUCGACUCGCCGGGUUGGCAGCCUUAUCCAGUCAGCACGCCGUAGGAGACUUGGCCAGUGUGCUCAUACUUCACCGAGUCUGUUCGCGUCAAGCUCCUUCCCUGCUCGUCUCCAUUCCACAUCAGCGAACACUCGCCUGGCAACCUUGGACUAACCAAGCCCCCAGAUCACGACCGUCACGCUUUGAUACCCCCCCGCCAAGAUGUCUGAGACUUUCGAGUUCCAGGCUGAGAUCUCUCAGCUGUUGUCUCUCAUCAUCAACACUGUCUACUCCAACAAGGAGAUCUUCCUUCGUGAGCUUGUCUCCAACGCCUCCGAUGCGCUCGACAAGAUCCGCUAUGAGUCCCUCUCGGACCCCAGCAAGCUCGACUCCAACAAGGACCUCCGCGUCGACAUCAUCCCCGACAAGGAGAACAAGACCCUGACCAUCCAGGACUCUGGUAUUGGUUUCACCAAGGCUGACCUCGUCAACAACCUGGGUACCAUUGCCCGCUCUGGUACCAAGCAGUUCAUGGAGGCUCUCACCGCAGGUGCCGACAUCUCCAUGAUUGGUCAGUUCGGUGUUGGUUUCUACUCUGCCUACCUCGUCGCCGACCGCGUCACCGUCAUCUCCAAGCACAACGAUGACGAGCAGUACAUCUGGGAGUCUUCUGCCGGUGGCACCUUCUCCAUCCGCCCCGACACCGAGGGCGAGCAGCUCGGCCGUGGUACCAAGAUCAUCCUUCACCUGAAGGAUGAGCAGACUGAGUACCUCAACGAGGCCAAGAUCAAGGAGGUCAUCAAGAAGCACUCCGAGUUCAUCUCCUACCCCAUCUACCUCCACGUCCUGAAGGAGACCGAGAAGGAGGUCCCCGAUGAGGAGGCCGAGGAGACCGCCGCCGAUGAGGACGACGACAAGAAGCCCAAGAUCGAGGAGGUCGAUGACGAGGAGGAGGAGAAGAAGGAGAAGAAGGUCAAGAAGGUCAAGGAGACCUCCAUCGAGCAGGAGGAGCUGAACAAGCAGAAGCCCAUCUGGACUCGCAACCCCCAGGACAUCACCCAGGAGGAGUACGCCGCCUUCUACAAGUCUCUCUCCAACGACUGGGAGGACCACCUCGGUGUCAAGCACUUCUCUGUCGAGGGUCAGCUCGAGUUCCGUGCCAUCCUCUUCGUCCCUAAGCGCGCUCCCUUCGACCUGUUCGAGACCAAGAAGACCAAGAACAACAUCAAGCUCUACGUCCGCCGCGUCUUCAUCACUGACGACGCCACUGAUCUCAUCCCUGAGUGGCUCAGCUUCGUCAAGGGUGUUGUCGACUCUGAGGACCUUCCCCUCAACCUGUCUCGUGAGACUCUCCAGCAGAACAAGAUUAUGAAGGUCAUCAAGAAGAACAUUGUCAAGAAGGCCCUCGAGCUCUUCACUGAGAUCGCCGAGGACAAGGAGCAGUUUGACAAGUUCUACUCUGCCUUCUCCAAGAACAUCAAGCUCGGUAUCCACGAGGACUCCCAGAACCGCCAGACCCUGGCCAAGCUCCUCCGCUUCAACUCCACCAAGUCUGGUGAUGACAUGACCUCUUUGACCGACUACAUCGCUCGCAUGCCCGAGGUCCAGCAGAACAUCUACUACAUUACUGGCGAGUCUCUUAAGGCCGUCACCAAGUCCCCCUUCCUCGAUUCCCUCAAGCAGAAGAACUUUGAGGUCCUCUUCCUCGUUGACCCCAUCGAUGAGUACGCCAUGACUCAGAUGAAGGAGUUCGAGGGCAAGAAGCUUGUUGAUAUCACCAAGGACUUCGAGCUCGAGGAGACUGAUGAGGAGAAGGCUCAGCGUGAGACUGAGGAGAAGGAGUACGAGGGUCUCGCCAAGGCCCUCAAGGAGGUGCUCGGCGACAAGGUUGAGAAGGUCGUUGUCAGCCACAAGCUCGGCGACGCUCCUUGCGCUAUCCGCACCGGCCAGUUCGGCUGGUCUGCCAACAUGGAGCGUAUCAUGAAGGCCCAGGCCCUCCGUGACACCUCCAUGUCCUCGUACAUGUCCUCGAAGAAGACUUUCGAGAUCUCCCCCAAGAGCUCCAUUGUUCAGGAGCUCAAGAGGAAGGUCGAGGCCGAUGGUGUCAAUGACCGCACCGUCAAGUCCAUCGUCCAGCUUCUGUUCGAGACCUCCCUGCUUGUCUCUGGCUUCACCAUUGAGGAGCCCGCUGGCUUCUCUGAGCGCAUCCACAAGCUCGUCCAAAUCGGCCUCAACAUCGAGGAGGAUGACUCCAAGACCGAGGAGGCUCCCGCCACCGCCGCCACCACCACCGAGACUGGUGACAGCGCCAUGGAGGAGGUCGACUAA